CUCUCCGUGCCUGCGCAAACAUCGAAUUCCGACCGACUAUACACGUUCAGGUUCACGUUCCAUUGACAAUAAUAAUUAAACUAGGGUUUUGUGCGAUGUGUUGAUAUUGGUUGAACCUAGGUGGUGUGAUGUUUAUUUCAUUUGAUUUUGUAAGAACGAUAUUUUGGAUUUUGGAAAUGGAGAAAUCUUGCGACGAGCAAUGGUAAUCAUGGUAAAUGAUGGAAAUAAUAUUCGAUUAUCAUAGAUAGACAAGCUUCAAUUCUAUUAUUUUUAGAAUGUACCACAAAAAUUGCAUUACGGUAAUCAGCCUCAUCUUAGUUGUCUUGGGAGCAGUUUUGAUCGGCUUGAAGAGCACCUUCUACAAUUAUGGCAUGCGCACUCUUCUCACAUUCGAACCUGGAAGUCAGUUAUUCAACGCCUGGACAAGAAGCCCACCAGGUGUCAACUACGACGUAUACGUUUUCAACUGGACCAAUCCGGAAGAUUUCAAGAAUCAUUCGACCAAACCCAUACUGAAAGAAAUUGGACCGUUCAGGUUUAGUCAAGUAAUCGAAAAAGUUAAUGCCACCAUGUACGAUAAUGAAACAAUGUCGUACUAUAGAAGACGGAGCUUUUAUUUCAACAAAGAAGAAUCGGUUCACGAUUUGGAUUUCAAUCUUACAAUACCCAAUCCUAUAGCAAUGGCAUUGGCUCACAAGGCAAGAGAUUGGAGUUACUGGUCCAAGAAGGGAGUAUCUAUAGCUUUGAGCUCUCUAAUAGAUGACGAUCUUCAUGUAACUAAGACUGCUGGAGAACUACUAUUCACAGGAUACGAAGAUCCUAUUCUGAGCACUGCAGACAAAUUCUCAUUUUUAUCGGAUGGGCCAACCAUGAAAAAAUUCGCUUUCUUUUAUGGGAAAAAUGGUUCAGCUUCCUUCGACGGUAUUUUCAAUGUGGGUAAAGGUGGAGAUCAUCCAUUGGGACAAAUCUACGAAUGGAAUUACCAAAACGACACAGACCACUAUGAAGAGAGCUGCAGCAAAUUUGAAGGAUCAGCCGGCGACUUCUUCCCACGAUUCUAUACUGAAAAAACCUUGAAACUUUUUCAUUCCGACUUAUGUCGUACUCUUGUAGCUGAUUAUGAAGGAAAUGCCACCGUCCAUGGAAUUGAAGGCUUGAAAUAUGUGUUGGGCGACCACUUCUUGGAUAAUGGAACUCUGAUACCUGGAAAUGAAUGCACCUGUGGUGAUCAUUGCCUUCCAUACGGCGCAGUUUAUGCCACUGCUUGUAAGGGAAACUCCCCAAACUACCUAUCUCUUCCACAUUUCUACAAAGCAGAUCCAUAUUUUGCCGAUAAACUAAUUGGCAUGAAACCCGAUCCUGAAAGACACGAUUUUCAUAUCAUUUAUGAGCCUACAACUGGUCUUCCUCUUGAACUGCUACCUAGGCUACAAAUAAACGUUCUCAUGCAACCAAUAUCAUAUAUAGGUAUGUAUGAAGACAUACCAACCACCCUCUUCCCACUUAUUUGGUUCGAGCAAACCCUCGGAAUGCCUUCCAGCAGUGCCUUCCUAGUGAAAAUGAUACUUAAUCUUAAUGACAUUUGUUUGAUUGUUGGAAUUUUACUCAUAAUUUUGGGUAUCCUUAUAUUUUUGUUCCUUGUAUAUAAAAUACGUAACACGGAUUUUUGUCCGGCCGAACAUCACAAAAACUAUCUACCAAAAGAACUUGUACCUCUCAAGGAAAAAGAAACCCCAACGUAAUCCUUUAGUCAACUUAGUUACCGCGUGAACUGUGAAUAUUUCUAGGUCAUUGAAAUUUCUAUGUUACAUAGUUGUAUAUUUUCAUAUAAUCUUAAACUGUACAGUUUUUUACAGUAUUCUUGCUUUGUAAGUCUGAAUUUUAUUUUUAGUAAAUUAUUAUUUAAU